AUGGCCCUGAACGGCGCGUCUCUGAGCGCCGGCGACCGAGGGGACACGAUGGCCCACCGCCCACCCCGCGACAGCUUCAGCCCGCCGGCUUCGGCGCUGGCGAGGGUCUCCGGAGACAGCGCCCUCGUGGCGACCCACCCGGGGCUUCCUCCUCGGCGGGCAACACGGCCCAGCGUCCGGACCGAGAGCCGUCGGGCGCCUGGCAGGGGCUGGAACCCGCCGCGCGCCGGGAAGGGAAGGGACCCGGAUGGAGGGCGCCGAAGCUGCGCGGCGAGAUUCUGCCCGUACCCCGCCCCCGGCGCGGACCGGGACCUGCUGCGGAGCGCGCGGCGCUGCGCCGGCGACCCCACGCCUGUGAUCACGGCCCGCAUACCGCCCCGCCCCUCAAUCAGCGUGUGA